CGCAGUGAAUCCCACGUGUUUAAAAAAAUGGAGUCGACGACGGUCGAAAUAUCACCGGAUGGUGAAUUAGCCAUUCAUUCAUCUCAUGAUGGCACUGUCAAAGUUUGGGAAACAGCCACAGGGUCGUUAAGAAGUGAAUACAAACCUAGCUCCCACCUGUCAGCCUCCUGUACCUGCCUGUCAUGGAAUCAACUGAGUAAACCAGCCGAGUCGCCUAGAAAAAAACGGAGAAGAAGUGGAAAGGGGGAUGUUGGACAGGCCAUUGCAGAUUUGGGUCUAGUGGCCAUUGGUACUGUUACAGGCUCUGUGUUAUUGUACAGUGUUGUGAAGGGGGAUCUUCACAGUCAAUUGAUUGAUGGUCAUUCAGAUCGGGUGAAUGGAAUUGUCUGGUAUUCAGAGAGUGACAGUCUGUACAGCUGCUCAAGUGAUCAACACAUUGUGCAGUGGGAAGUCACUAAAGGGAAAAUAAAGCACAAGUGGAAGGCCGAUAAGAGUGGAGUUUACAGUUUGUGCCGAUGUUCCAGCACACAUCUACUGUCUGCAGGCAGGACCAUCAAACUGUGGGAUCUGGAGACGAGGCAGAUCCUGAAAACCUUUACUGGUCAUGCUACAGAGGUGUUCAGACUACUGCAUGUACCCGUCGGGGAGUCGAUUGAAAAAUCUUAUUUCCUCUCUGAAGCCAUCAAUGACAGACUCGUCAAUGCAUGGCAAAUAGAUACAACUUCUAAAGACAAGAAUGCACUUGCAGCAUUUUCCCUGCCUGAGGAGCCAGUCUCACUUCAGACCUCAACUCCAAGUGCAGAUAGGCCAUUGGUGCUUGUUGUCGUCACAAAAUGUGGAAAGGCAUUAAUAUUUGAACAUCGAUUAAAUGGGAAGUUAAAAAAGCCACUGCAGCCAAAGGUGACCGUACAGAUUGCAGGAGAGGGGAGCAAUGGGUCUGUUCCCAGGCCUAUACAAAUUCUAGCGGCUUAUGUAUGUGAUGUUGAUACACAUAAGCUGCUCCUUGUACACGGAAACAGCCUUAAACCCACAUUCGAGAAAGUGUCAUAUUCUACAGCAGAACCAGAAUUAUGCCUCGUACGAGAAGAUCCCUUGAAGUCAUUGUAUAAAAAAGACGCAAAUGUCUCUAAAGUAAAAACACCAGAGGUUUCAAAGGACAUGACCUAUCUGGUGCCCAGUCAGUUGGCACCUGCAUUGCCUACACAGGAACCAGCAUCCCGCAGGAAACGGAAGGUCUCAGUUGGAGAGAUGACAAUGGAGCAGCGGUUGAGUGCAAUUUCCCUGGAGAAGCCCAAAGCAGGGCCAAGACAGCCCCCGAAGGCUGACACCCUCGUCACUCUUUUGGUCCAGGGCCUCCAGAGUAGAGACAACAAACUACUGUCUAAUGUGUUCUGUAUGCGAGACAAGAAGCUUUUGGAGAACACAGUGAGGAAACUGCCUGUCCAGAUGGUCAUACCCCUGGUCCGAGAACUGACCAGUAAGAUGCAGGGACACGCUCAAAGUGCAUUUCCACAUGUUGGCUGGUUACAGUGUGUUUUAGCAGUCCAUACAUCUUAUCUGAUGACAUUCCCAGAGAUAGUGGAGACAUUAAGCCCCCUGUACCAGAUGAUGGACAACCGUACAAGCAUGCUGGGAAGACUGUCCCGUCUCAAGGGCAAGGUCGACAUCAUGCUCUCACAGAUAAAAUCCCAAACCGUGGAGGAACAAGGUCCGAGUCAGGAACCAUUGCUGCAGUUUGAAGAAGAGUCUUCCGAAGAUGAGGAUGAUAUGGAGGAUAUUGCAAUAGGUCCCGGUGCUUCAGACUCCGAGGACAACUGGGAGGAUUUUUCUGAUGAGGAGUCAGACAUGGAAACACAGGAAGAGGUGAAUGGCAAAGGAUGAUGAGACAGGAAAUGAUGUCAUAGCCAAGCAACCAAUCACAGCUCAGCUGGCCCAGAUAGAAGGUCUAUCUCAGCUGAGUACUGAGACACAUUGUGAUAUCUUCCCAAGGAGCUCCAGUCCUGAAUUGAAAUCGACUUAAUGGUUGUGGAAUGUAAAACAAAAAGAACUAAUUUGAUCAGGAAAUCAGUUGAAUUGAAUUUCUGUUCAUCACAAGUGCUUGAUAAAAACAGAAGGAAGUGUGAUCUUUCUUUGAAAAGAAGGGUAGUAGUGUUAUCAUUUUUAAUAGCAGACAAGGUAAAGGUGCAUGACAUUCAGAGUGCAAAAUUAUAUGUAUCAUAAUAGAUAAAACUGAAUUGCUACCAAUUUUAUAAAGUAUAGACUAUUUGACAACAAAGGGUUUUUUGUCGAGGGUUUAAGAGUGAAGGCAUGGGAUCAGUAGAAAUGCCUCUGAUAACACAGAACACUGCUUUUAAGGACCUUACUUUGUUACAAAUAUUUUGUUAUGAACAUUUGUAUAUUGUAUCAUGUGAACUAUCGUGUACCAGAAUGCUGUAUUUUGUUGCAUUAAAAAUAUGCAAUUUCA